ACAGGCAGUCAUCUCAGGACCACAGAACAGAAUAAUGCAUAUUUGUGCCUUUCUCACAUCUUCAGAAGAGGAAGUGCAGAUUAACAGGAACCUACUGCAUGUGAUCACUUACUAUAUUUACUGUAGACUGUUUAGCUGCAGAGGACAACACAUCAGACUUUGCAGUAGCAAAAACUCUUGCAGCUUUCAAAGGUUUCACUCUGAAGAAUGGAAGGUCUCUACUUUAACAGCACCUCACAGGACCAAAGCUAUGAUUACAGCGACAACACUGAGCUCGAUGACUAUAACAGCAAACUUUAUUUCAUCAUGAAAGUGGUGACAUGCAUAAUUGUUGCUGUCGGCCUUCCUCUGACCCUGGUGGCCAUCUAUGCUCUUUAUUCUAUGGUGAGAAGUGAUCAUGUUGUUCCCAUCUACGUCAUCAACCUCCUCAUUACUGACCUGAUUCAGCUCUGCUUCAUGAUCGUUCAGGUGGCACCAAAUGUGGAUGAGAAGAUAUAUAACAUCUUCUUAUACAUUUACCUCUCUGCUCUGUUUACCCGUGUUUACUUCAUGGUCUGCAUCUCCCUGGAAAGGUAUUUGGUCAUCGCCCACCCGCUGUGGUACCGCUUCAGACGAACCAUCAAGUCCUCUGUGGUGAUCUGUGUCCUGGUCUGGGCCAUUAUUGCUGUCUGUGCCAUCCGUUUCUAUUUCUUUGUUGAUGGUGUGGUCACACCCAUAAUCUGCGCCGUCCUCUUCCUCCUUCCCUUCCCACUGUUAAUCUUCUUCCUGGUUGGGACCCUCAAAGCCCUGUCUGCUUCCACCUCAGUCCCCUCUGAUGAAAAACGACGAACUGUGGGAAUUUUGGUUCUGUUGCUGCUUAUUUACACUCUGCCUUUCCUGCCCUUCAUCAUGUUGCUUUUAGUAACAAAUUAUUACAUCGUCACCAUCGUGUCACAAACAUUUCUUAGGUUGAGUCCUCUUGCAGACUCAGUCCUGUAUGUGUUCAUGAGGAAAGGGACCAUAGACAAGCUUUUUGCCUCUGUGUGUUGCUGCAGAAUGGACAGCAAUGAUAUCAGCAGUCCAUCAGUAUGAAUGAUGACAACAUUUCCACAGUCAGCUUCAUGUAGGCAGAGAAAGAGGGAGAGAGAGAAAGGGGAGGA